UACAAAAUGGCCACCGAAGCAAUGGAGAGUCUGUUGGAUGAAGAGUUCAAAAAUGAUUUACUUCAAAACCUUAACGAGCUCAGAAAAUCGAACAUCCUUUGUGACAUAACUAUUCGAGCCGAAGGAGACGACUUUGUUGCCCACCGAUGUGUUUUGAUUGCCGCCAGUCCAUAUUUCCGAGCUCUGUUUACCUCUGACUUCAAAGAGGGCGAAACUAAUUUCGUCGAACUCAAAAACAUUCAAAGUUCUAUACUGAGAGAAGUUCUUCAGUUUAUUUACACUGGGGAAGCGAAAACCGACUCCUCGACAGCCCAAGACUUGAUCAAGACGGCCGACUUUUUAAUGCUGCCCAGUCUAAAAUCAAAAGCUUCGAAAUUUCUGGAAGGAACGAUAAGCAUUACAAACUGUCUUGCGCUGGAAUCUUUCGCUUCAAAGUUGAAUUGUGAGGCUCUGAAGCGUGCAGCAGUAACCUUUCAAGGGGAAAAUUUUCUUCCUCUGGUAAAGUCAGAGGAUUUCAAAUCUCUAGACUUUGAAAGGGUGAAGGAACUUACCUCCUCGGACGAAAUAGUCGUCACUAGAGAAGAAGAUGUUUACGAAGCAGUCAUUCUUUGGGUUAAGCACGAUGUUUCAUCGCGAGAAUGCUUUUUAUCUGAACUACUGAAAGGCGUCAGAGCUUUCUCGAUGUCAAAGUACAGUCUACGAGAGAUUCUUGAUAAAGAAGAACUAGUCACGCAGAAUCCUACAUGUACAAGCAUUCUACUCCAGGGCCUGGAUACCUUUCUGUUUCCAGAUCAAGUCCGAGUUUUACGACAAAGACCUCGUCGGUGCCUCAAAUCAAAAGAGCUAGUGGUGGUUCUUAACGGAGGCAGCGCUAAAAAUGUCUUUUCGUCAUCUAACCGAGCAUUUGCUUUUGUUCUCGACACCGGAGAGUGGUUGGAACUACCAAAGAUGUCCUACGGUCGCACAAAACAUGCUGCUGCAGUGUGUGGUGGCAAAUUGUACGUGGUGGGCGGUGAGAGAGCGUCUUUGUUGGUUUUCGACCCAGAGCUAAGGCACUGGUUCCAAAGAGAUGGAAAUUUAGGAUUUCAUUAUUCCAUUUCAUUCACAAACCACCAUGAAAAACUUUAUAAGAUGGGUGGCAUAGAUUCUGAACAGGCCCUCAUAGGCAGUGCAAGCAAGUACAACGACAAAACCAACCAGUGGAAGGAACUUUCACUGAUGAAAACUCCUAGGUGUGAACACUGUGCAGUUGCCCUGGAAGAGUUCAUCUAUGUCAUUGCUGGAUCUGACGGCAAUUCUUGCCUUAAGAAUGUGGAGUGCUACAAUCCAGCGAUUGAUCAAUGGGUAUCAGCUCCAGACAUGUUGAAUGCAAGGAGACUUGCUGCUGCAGCCGUCAUAACAGGCAGGAAAAUACUUGUCGUAGGAGGAUUCAGUGAUAUGAACUCUGACACUAUUGAAACAAGCUGCGAAAUAUUUGACAGAAGCUUGAAUCAGUGGAGCCUGGUUUCUAGUCCUACUGUACCCCGUGCUGCAUGCGGCAUAGUCAGUGUGGGAAAUUGUGUAUAUCUGUUUGGAGGAGAUGAUGGCAGCAAACAGAAUAAACUGAACUCUGUAGAGAGCUAUGAUGUCCAAGAGGAUAAAUGGUGCCAUGUUAGCACUAUGCCCUAUGAAGUGUCCUUCCUUCAAGCAUCACUAUUACAAUUGCCGGUGGAAUAUCUCAAGAAUAAAUAGAAUGCUUGGGAAGAAAUUUCGUUUUCCUGUGGAUACUGUAUGGCUUAUGUGGUAUAAAGUUCUACAAAUGACAUGUAAAAGGAUUAAAAGGAAACUCUGUGCAACACUUUGGCUCCUUAGCCAAGCUUGUAAAUACAGCUAACUGCUCUGCAUGCAAUUCAGAUUUUUACCCUUGUUUCCUCUGAAUGAUUUGUUUCAUUCAUUGGUACGGCCUACUAAUUUUAUACCGUAUAAUUAACUAAUUUUAUACCGUAUUAUUCGACUAUAAGCCGAGCGAUUUUUUACACAAAUUAAAACUGAAGUGAAUUAAAAUUUGGGCUCUAGAGGGGGUCUCGACUUAUAGCCGAAAGUUUUUGAAAAACAUUUUUCCAGCGCAUGGAAACUCUACUAAAUCGGGAUGUAUUUACUUAUAAGCCGAGCUAAAGUAAAGAAACACAAUAUGCAAUCAUUGGUUAUUAACUUUUAAUUCGAAUUCGAGAGUGCGAUUGGAACCGCAUCGGUGUCUCGUCCAUGUUAAAGAUUCUUGAUAGGGAAUAACUGUGACGCUGACGGGAUGUGAUUAGAAGUCGAUGGUGGCCUGUUCUUGUUAAGGGGUCUUCGACUCUUCUAUGGACCAUUCCUACGACGUUUCUAUUUUGUUUUUUACCACAAUCGGCAGUAAUGUCUCAAUCUGAUAGGCCGAUUUGCCGUUGUCAAUAAGAGUACAGACCACGCCUAACCACUUUCGAUUUGUUAAUUA